AUGAAUAACUUACUACGGACGCUCACCGAGAGCCAGGUGAAGCCAGCAACAGACCUCAGGCUCCUAUUGACCACAGUAAAGGAGGGUCGGCGUCAGAACUACGACUCGAAGCUCUCAGAUCCUUUCUACGACUCCUUGGAGGGAUUGCUACUUGAUUUGAAAACCAUCACUAUCGACAACCAUGAUGCCGAGGCCUUUCUUAAACCCGUAUCCAAGACUGAAGUACCAGAUUACUAUGAAGUCAUUCAACACCCGAUGGAUUUCCAGACAAUGCUCAAAAAGGUCAAACAAAAGCAAUACAAAUCUAAACGGGAAUUCCAGGAUGACUUGGACCUCAUCUGGUCCAACUGCUUAACAUACAAUGCUACCGAGAACCACCCUCUUCGGCCUUGUGUAAAACGGCUGAAGGCCAAAGCAGAGAAACUCUUAAAGCAUAUCACCGAUCGCAAGGAGCGGACGGACCCUCCUAUACCUUCCGACCUUCCUCGAGCCAACGGUCGAUCAGCGUCGCAUACGCGCUCACCUUCAAUCAACAUGUCGAGGUCUUCUAUCAUCAUUCCUGCGCGACCCCGACGAGGCGUCGCGUUCGCUGAAUCUCCUGCAAUCAUUCGUACCCCCGAGGGAAUGUCACUUUUUCGAGAUUUGGAUCGUCAACUCGACUCAGCAAGGCCACCGAGCAACCUCGCGCAGACACUUAAGGAGCUGGCUCCCAGCACUGAAUACGAAAGUGACACUGAGCCGGCGGAGUCAAGUUCAACGGGAGAUAAACGCAAGAUGAACGGUGCACCGGCGCGUCCACGGAAGAGGGCAAGAUUUGACGACAACGAUGUAUCACAGAUGUGGUGGGACGCUGUGCAGUCUGAUAGUCUCAUCGGCAAUGGUCUCCCCGCAAUUCCCUUCGGUCCAUCCUCGAGUACACGAACUAAGCCGAAGAAGAAGAAACAGAAACAGAAACAACCGCCGCCACCCGUCAACCCCAAAUCUUUGUUGUCGUUGAUGAACACGAAUAUCAAGACGAUGCGGCGGCUGCGGCAUACCCACGCGAAGUUUACAGCGUUGAAUGCGAUGACUGCGCCACAGGAAGACGAAGAGCAGCAGAUAGGUAUGGAAAUGUAUCCAGUGGCAUCAGGAAGCAAGGGCCCUGGGUUAGCGGCUGCUGCGAGCUAUGGCAUUGGUGCCGACGACGAUGUGAUCGAUGAGAAAAUUGAUGAAGCACCGUGGGUGAUUGGCAGAGGGAAGGCGAAAACUCCAUCCAAGUUGGCUGGCAUUGAGAUGGGGGAAGCGAACGCUUCGGAUUGUUUGCAUUGGGCAACGGACAAGAUUUUGGAACAUGUUGGAUUCCAAGGCACUUCAACCGUUGCCCGUAACGUUCUGGCUGAUGUUACCGCGGAAUAUCUGCAAAAUGUUGGCCGAACAAUACGGUUCCUAUCUGAUAAGUUCGGGAAGGUCAUGACUCCAGAGGAAAUCAUUCUUCAUACAUUGUUCGAGAGUGGUUCAUCAAAGGUGCAAGAUCUGGAAAGAUACAUCUCUGAUGAUAUUGAAAGAUACGGUUCUCGGUUGGGCGAACUGGAGAAGAAGAUGGUCAGCGCAUACAGAGAAACUGCUGCUGGUGAAGUUUUGGAAGAUGAGGGAUUGUUUGAGGAGGAAGAUGAUGAAGAAACCGGGGCAUUGGCUAUGGGUGACUUUGCGGAUCUAUUAGGAGAAGAUUAUUUGGGGUUCCGGGAACUGGGUAUCGCUGCGGAGUUGGGACUUUCAAAUCUCUCAAUUCCCAAGAAGUUGCUCAAGAGCAAGAAAGGCCAAAACAAACCUACUGCUGCCAAACCAACCGAGCCACCUCCUCCUUACCCUCCGCCACCGCCAUUUAUCCCGCUCACAGCUGGAAAAGUGGAGGACCAAAUUGGGUUGCUCAAGCCUUAUUACCAGAACCGGUUUACGCAACUUGCCGCCUCUCUGGCGCCGCCCCCGGCUCCUGCUGGUCCGUCAUUACCAGGGCCUGCCAUGGGCUUGCCGGGUCCUCCCUCACUUCCUGGGCCUUCAAUGCUACCACCACCACCUCCUGUACCGAACGUGGCUGGAAAUGUACCUCCGCCAUCGAACCCUCCUCCUGCUCCGACACCCACGAUCAGCCCCGAUCUUGCGCUUCCAGACGAAUUGCCCAACUCUUCGCAGAUGAAGAUUGGGCCUAUUGGACAGAUUGUCAAGGCUGGUUUGGCAACCGCUGCGAAGAAGAAAGCGAGAUUGGAGAAUGCUGGACCGCCUCCUGCACCGGGUACGCCUGGUGGAAGUGUUCCCGUUCCCCCUGUUCUCGAUGCAAAUGGACAGCCAAUAGCUGCUCCUCCUGGUGCAGCAGGUGCAGGUGCAUCGCCCAAGAAAAAGAAGAACUUGGGCGUAGGGUCUGGAAAUGGACGUAAGAAGAAGCCUGAUGGUACAGCGCCUGUCAAUGGUGGCGGAUCUGGUGGGUAUGGCGGUGGGCAGGGCCCACAGGGAGGACCUACUCUCCCACCUGUUGUAACCGCCAGUGCGUGA